AGGUCAAGAAUUGAGAAAAUCAGUAACGUUGAUAAUACAACUCCUAAGGACAACCUUUGCCAAAAAAUUGAAGAUGCUUUGGUUGUUGCAAAUGGUGCUUUUGAGCAGCUAAAUACCGCUUUGCAGACUUUAAAAAAUCUGGAAGAUAGAAGUCGAAUUCAAGAACAAAGUGUGCUUCAAAUGAUUAAGGAGGAAUUCAACAAAAUACACCUUCUGCUUAAUACUAGGAAGUCUUGUUUACUAACUGAACUGAGAGCAAACAGAGAAGUAUAUGCUGCAAACAUAGCAAAGGCUAUUGAGAACAUCAAGGAAAAGAAAAAAGACUUGGAAACAAAAGCUGUAUUUGCAAAAUCAUUACUAGAGUCACCAUCAUUGACUACGUAUUGUUAUCUGGAUCAGAUUGUUGCUGACUUGAAAGUUACCUUUGAAAAUGAUUGUUUGGUACCUGAUACUCUAAAGUUAUGUUCUCAUGUAAGGUUUAACAUUAACAAUGAUAUUGUUAAAGUAUUUGAGGAAAUUGGAGAAAUCUGCAGUGGUAAAUUUGCAAACGAAAAUAUUGUUUUGUCCAUUGACAACAGUCAAUGCCACCAUGACUUGCCAGAGACCAGAAAGUCUAAGAAAGAAAAAACCUUCAAAUCUGAAAGUGGGAUUGUACAAGAAUUCAAAGCUGAACAAGCACAUCUCCUAUGUUCUGAAGCAAAGCACACCGCUUUUCAAGAAUUGGGAUCAUCAGCAUCGCAAAACUUAGUUGCAUUUGUAACUCAUUCCUUAUCUGAUCCGGAUGUCAUAAUCGAAGAAAUAAUAGAGGAGCAUGAUGAUGAUCAAGCAUCAAAAGAUGAAAGUCAAUCUUUUGGAAAAGAAUUGCGCUGGAAAUGUGAGCAUGUUAUGCGUGAGCUCAAGAAAGAAGCCUGGAGUGAUAAACAAAGGAGUAGAAAAUGUAGUCAAAAAAGGCCUAGCCACAGUCUGUCAUUUGGACAAAAAAGAGACCUUCAAGAAAAUGUAUAUCUCACCCACGUGAUCAAUCCUUGCAAUUUCUUUGUUCACCGGCUUUCAGAAAAAAAACACUUUAUAAUGUUUGAAAGAAUGCUGGGCUUGUCAAGCAACACCUCCAGUCCUUGUUCUCCUAAUGAUAUCCUGGUCCUUGGUGAAAUAAUUGCAUUUAAAAGUACAGAGCAGAAUUCAUGGUGUCGUGGAAAGAUAACCGAAUUGAUCCCUUUGGAAAGCAAAUAUGUAGGAAAGCCUUAUGGGCCAACAAAAUAUAAAAUUGAAGAUGUAUCUCUGAUGACAGUAUUCUUGCUCGACUAUGGAACGUCAGAAGUUUUUAUUGCGUCAAGAUUGCUCCAGCAGAGCCCAUCCAACUUGGAGGAGCUAGAGCAAUUAUGCCUUAACAAAUCACAGUGGCUAGAUAUGCCAAGCUGUAAUUGUAAGGUGUCUCUACAAAGUAUUGCCUACAAAAAAUUCUCCUUCGUGUCUCUAUUAAUAGUUUUUGUUUCCCUUUUAAGGUUUGCUGGAGCACAUAUUAGCAAAAAUGAGAAUGCGUCUGUUUGUCACACUUUAACGAACGACUUCUGUCAGAUUUUGAGAAAGUUGCAUCCGGAUUCAGAGCUGAGUCGCAUGCCUCCAUUUGCUCUUCAGUGCUCACUAGUGGACAUUGUCCCUCAAAAUUCAGAUGAAUGCUGGACUAAGGAGGCCAAAGAUGAAUUUAUCAAGAUGGCAAAAAAGAAAUGUGUUACAAUGAAGGUCUUCAGAGAGGAGGACAACAAGUUCAUUGUGGAUUUGAGAAAACCUCCUACAAACAAAACUAGUAGUGGUAUGCCUGUCUCGCUGCGAGAUGCGUUGGUUUUUCUGGAGCUAGCCAGAUUUCGUUCCCAAGUCCCAGUUGCAGAGCUAAAUAGAGAAGUCAUGCAGUAUGUCAUGCCGAAAAAGCCUAAGAACAAAACAGAGGUUAAUGUUAUUGUGUGCCACAUGAACGAUCCAUCAGAUUUCUACAUCCAUGUACUUGAUUCAUCAGAAUAUUUGAGCAUUGUGAAUAAAAUUCAAAAAGUUUAUAACGAUGAAGACGCAGAGGAUUUUGAAAUCCUCUAUCCAGUAAUAGGUCAGCCAUGCAUUGCAAAAUAUGAAGAUGAAGACUGGUAUAGGGCAGAGGUUAUUGGGCUACCUGGUAAUCAAGAAGUAGAUGUCAAAUAUGUUGACUUUGGCAAUGUUGCCAGAGUCAGUAUAAGAAAAUUAAGGAAAGUCAAAGGUGAAUUUUUAAGGUUGCCAUGUCAGGCCAUUUGCUGCAGACUUGCUUUUAUUCAACCCUGUAACACACAAGAGUGGAGUCGUGAAGCGCGUGUUCUCUUUGAAAGCAUGGUUGCUGACAAACGUCUGAAAUGCACUGCUAUAGGCAUUUUGUUAGAUGAUAAAUUGUCUGUUGAACUUUUUGAAGUUGACAACGGAAAUCCCGUUAGCAUAAAUGCCAAGUUGGUGGAAGAAAAAGUUGCCUCCUUCAUAUCUGGCGAACAUGGAUCUAGCAAGUAUCGCUCCUGUGAUAGGGAAGUGUGGGAUCCAGUUAGUAAUACACUGUCUGGCCCUAAUCAGUUUGAGGAAAGAAUGAAUGCAAUCUCUCUGCUGAAACAAAGAGAACUGGAUGUACGUGUCAGUUAUGUUGAAUCUCCCAGCAGAAUAUUUGUGCAGUGGUUGUCCACCGAGCAUCUACUUAAAAGCUUGCAGGUGACCAUGUGCCAGAAAUAUGAAAAUACCCAGCCAGAAAAGAUUCAGUGGUGUGUUGAAAUGUAUGUUGCCGUUAAACCAUUAAAAGAAUGGAAGCGUGGAAUAAUAAAAAACAUUAUUUCUGAAACACUUGUGGAGGUUUUCUUUUAUGAUUUUGGGAAUCGAGAAGUGACUGAUAUCAACAAUAUUAGACUGCUUGAUGAAAGUGUGAAGACAUAUGGAACAAUGUGUCUUGAAUGCUCACUGAUGGAUAUACAACCAGCAGGAGGAAGCCAGAACUGGACAGCAACAGCAUGUGAUGUCCUUUCGUAUUAUCUUACUGGAGCUGUUGUUACAAUGGUCAUCAAAGAGAAUGCAUCGAAGUGGCCGCUGCCUGUUAAAAUGGAGUGUAAAGAUGAAGUUGGCCAUCUAGUUGACAUUUCUGAUUUCCUUAUAAAAAAGGGUUUAGCGCUUAAAGAAAGAAAAUUUGGACCAAAUAAACCAGAGGCUGUGAGUGAAGCCAGUGAAGAUACACAGACCUUAAUAAGUGUAGAACAAUCUAUAAAUGAACCUAUACCCGAACGUGUUGCAGAGCUUACUCAAGAACAUACUUUGAGUGCUGAUAUAAUUGACAACCCUGAAACCUGUGAGCCUUUGGCUGACCAAGAUAUUAAUGAACCGUAUUUACCACCCCUCAUUCCUGAUGCAAAGCUGUUUAGUGCAAAAGUCAGCCAUGUGGCAGAAGAUGGGAUUAUCUAUGUUAUCCCGAAAUCAUUAGAAAAUGAUCUGGAUAAACUUAUGAGAGAUAUUCAAAAGUCCUUCAGAGGUCUGGGGCUACUGGCGCCUUAUUGUUGGAAGACAGGAGAAGGUUGUUUCAUUAAAGGAUCUGAUGGCAUGUCUUACCGGGGGAAAGUUCUUCAAAUUCUUGGAGGUGAUACGAUGAUGGUACGGUAUGAAGAUUUUGGAUACACUGAAAAAAUUCCAAAGUGCCAUCUUUACCCAACUGUGUUCAACCCAAACAUUCCGCGCUUUUGCAUACCAUGCCAGCUUCAUAAUAUUCUUCCUGUGGGUGAAGUGUGGCAGUCGGAUGCCAUACAACUACUUAGAGAACUUCUUACAGAUAGACAUGUUGAUGUCCAACUUGUGGAUCCCCCUAAGUUUCCUGGGGCUGUUGCUUCAGUGUAUCUCUACUGUGAUAAAGCAUCAGUAUCUGCAAUUCUGGAACAAUAUGCACAUUGCGUUCCUGAAGACAAUGAAAAAAGGUCCAAAAUAGAAAGGAUGUGUAUCUUUAAGGAUUCAGAAGAAAAUAGCAGUGAUUGUGAAAUGAAGGAUGUUAUUAAGGUCUCUCUGGAUAACAUUUUCCCCAACUGUUUCCAGGAUUUGGUUUUGUCUACUUGUGUAACACCAUUACUACCAGCAUACACCAUGCCGUCACUCCCUCACCCUGGAGAGCUUUUUCCGGUAUCUGUAACUCACAUACAGACACCUAACGUAAUGUUUAUUUCAGUUAAUGUUGACUCAGAGAACCAUGAGCGUGGCAGUGGAGUGACACUCGAGUCUUGCCUUCAAAUGAUCAAUCUUCAUACAGAUGAACUCCUACCCUUGACAGAUUUUAGAUCAGAAAUGCCAUGUCUUGCAAGGUACUCUGAUGGCCAGUUAUACAGAGCAAAACUUCAGUCUGUAGGAGGUUAUGACCCAGUAAGCUUUGUAGUGGAAUUUGUUGAUUAUGGGUCUACAGCAAAAGUGGAUACUAAAAGUUUAUUCCAGAUUCCAGUUUAUCUCAUUAAGUAUCCUGCAAAAGUGGUGAAAGUAAGAAUGGCUGGAUUUAAGCCACCCGUUAAGGAUUUUGAAAUGGAUAGAAUUCCCUACUGCCAUGAAUGGAGCUUAAAAGCCCUUUAUAUGAUGAUGGAUCUCCUUCAUGAGAAGUCGAAACUGUUUGCGUCCCAUAUCGCUACUACUUCACAAGAAGUCACUGUGUUUCUGUAUGAUGAAAAUCAGCAACUAGUUUACAAGCCAUUAAUAUCAGUGGGCUUGGCAGAUUUAUGUUAAAAAUGAGCAUUUAGAACUUGAUCGCUGUGAAGAUAACAGCCAUUCCUGCUUGUUUUUGGAUCAUUAUAAGUUCAUUUUUAUGUUUUAUGAUUCCUUUUUGUUGCCUGACAAAUAUACUGAAGAUACUGCAAAUUGC